AUGGAAGACCGGGUUGUGGAUGAGAAAUCGCUCUAUAAGGAACAAUCUCGGGGCGACGCCCACAGCGUGGCCGUCGGAGAACUGGAUUCUUCCGGCGAUGCAGAGGAGUUCCUGCGCACCCACAAUCUCCGACGAGGCGACCUGGAGGAGCUGCUCCAGGAUGAACAGGCACAGAAGCGACUGGUCCGUCAAGUGGACUGGCUCUUGAUGCCGCUGCUCUGCGGCACGUAUCUGCUGCAGUACAUCGACAAACAGGCGCUUUCCUACGGCGCCGUGUUCGAUCUCUUCGACAACACCGGCAUCAGUUCGAACCAGUAUUCCUGGCUGGCCAGUAUCUUCUACUUCGCCUACCUCAGCUGCGAGUGGCCGGCCAACUACCUGGCACAACGCUUCCCCACGGGCACCUUCAUCAGCAUUUGCGUCAUCUGCUGGGGGUCGAUCCUCUGCUGCACCGCCGCGUCGCACAGCUUCGCCGGCCUCGGGAUCUGUCGAUUCCUCCUGGGCGCCUUCGAGGCCCCCAUCACGCCGUGCUUCAUGCUGCUGGUCAGUACCUGGUACACGCGGGCCGAGCAGCCCGUCCGAGCGGGUCUCUUCUACUGUUUCAACGGCUUUGGCAGCAUCGUCGGCGGCCUGCUGUUCUACGGCGUCGGCCAGGCUCAAGGAUGGGACGUCUGGCGCAUUAUUUUCAUCCUCUGCGGCGGCAUCACCGUCUGCUGGGGAGUGGUCCUGUUCUUCUUCCUGCCCAACACCAUCGUCAGUGCCCGAUUUUAUACGGUCGAGCAAAAGGCGCUGUUGGUGGCGCGAAGCUACGGUAACCAGACCGGCGAGCAAUCGCGCACGAUCAAGACGCCGCAAAUCAAGGAAGCACUGUUGGACCCGCAAGUCUGGCUGCUCUUCUUCUUUGUCUUGCUGAACGAGUGCGUCAACGGCGGACUGGCCAACUUCGGCAAGCUCAUCGUCAAGGGAUUCACCGGCGGCGACGCCCUCUUGACCACGGUCUAUGGUAUUCCGUACGGUGCCUGGCUGGCCGCCUUCAUCCUCAGUGGCUCGUGGCUCGCCACGCGGUUCAACAAUAUCCGAACCUGGGUUAUGAUCGCCUACGUGUGUCCGACGCUGGUCGCCUCCUGUUUGUUCUGGAAGCUGCCGCGUGACGGGAGUCAGGAGAAUGGUCUGUUGAUGGCGUAUUACAUUGCACCCUCCUUUGUGUCCUCCCUCGUGCUGGCGCUCCAGCUGCCGGCCAUGAACGUCAGCGGGUACACCAAACGGGUCACCAGCACCUCAUUCGUCUUCCUGGCCUACUGUGCCGGAAACGUCAUUGGUCCCCAUGCCUUUCUGUCGACCGAAGCUCCUGUGUACCAGACGGGCUGUAAAGUCAUCAUCGGAUGCACGUGCGGCCAGGUGGUCCUCGCCCUCGCACUCCGGGCGCUGCUAGUCCGGCGGAACAAGAAGCGAGAUGAGGAAGCUCGUCAGGCGGGACCGGGGGAUAUCAGGGGGACAGGAACGGAUGGGGUCAUUCUGCAGGAUCUGACGGAUUUCGAAAACCGCGAGUUCCGAUACUGCUAUUGAGCGUUUUGUUGAUUCUUCUUUCAGCCGUCACGUUGCGAGGUGCAGUGAUGGGAUGGUUUAGGGGAAUUCAUCGUCCUGUAAUUAGUUAUGAUGCUCAAAUGCCAUGAAUGACUUUCACUCCGUUCGCGUCAUUGUCGAGUGCUCCAUAGAGGGAUUGCCGAGAGAUGAUGC